AUGCCGCCCAAGCAGCGCAAGCAGUACAGCGACGACGACUUGGCCCGGGGCGUGGAGCGCGUCGUGGCCGGCGGCGAGCGCGCGGUCGUCGUGAGCCCGGAGCUGAAUGUGCCCUACCGCACCUUGCUUAAGUACGCGGCGCGCCGUCGCCGCGGCGAGUCGAUUGUGGCCAAGCGGCGGGGGCCUCGACCAGCGCUGACAGUCGAUGGAGAGCGCCAACUGCUGCUCUGGAUGCGGGAGCUGCAGGCCGCGGGGCUGCCGGUGCGGCGGCGCGAGCUGCUGGUGAAGGCCAACGAGGUGCUGCGACUUCAGAGCGGCCCCGACGCCGCGAUCUCCUCGGGCUGGUAUACGAGGUUCAGGUCGCGCCAUCCCGAAGUUUCGGGGCCUGGAGAGCACAUGGUCGUGGCGGAGGAACGAGAAGGAGGAGAAGAAGAAGAGAACGAGGAGAACGAUGCAGUGCAGAGGGACAGAGGGUCGAUUGAAGACUGGAAGACCCGGCACCAACUGGAGGAGGAGGGGUUGCUGCGGACGCCCGUUGAGAGGGCGGUGUUCGCCGUGCAGGAGAGUUACGCGGCGUCGUGGCCGCUGCGAGAUGUGGUGGACGCCUUUGACCUGAUGCUGGACUCGAGGAAGGCGGAUUUGUUCUCCGUCAUGGAACCGGGCGAGCUCCGCGAUAUGUGGCUCAAGAAGCAGCUGCGGCAGAUGCACCGAGCCGCAGGGAAGCAGUAG